AUGGAAUCACCUAAAACUCACACCCAAAACAAAUCUUCAUGUCUAUGUGGAUUGAAAAAGAAAUCUCCAUUAAUCACAUUAGAAAAUGCGGAUUCAAUUAUCCAACAAGCUGAUGAUUAUUUACAAUCUCUUGUUAACGAUAAAAUAUUCAGUGGCUCCGUGCUUAUAGCACGAAACGAUCAAAUUUUAAUUCUGAAAGGUUAUGGUUGCGCAGAAUAUAUUUGUCAAGAAAAAAAUACUAGUCAAACAAUCUAUCGUAUUGGUAGUGUUACAAAGCCUUUGACAGCAAUAAUAGUACUUAAAUUGCAUGAGAGAAAACAGCUUGAUAUUAAGAAUAAAAUCUCACUUUAUUACCCCGACUAUCCUCAUGGAAAUGAAAUAACAAUAAAAAAUUUGCUUUCAAAUACAUCUGGCAUUUUUAAUUAUACUGAUUUGGAAAUAUUCGAACAAAAAUGUACAGAAAAUUUAACAAUCGAUCAAUUAAUUGAAGUUUUUAAAAGUGAACCCUUACAAUUCAAACCUGGCUCAGAAUAUAGUUACUCAAAUUCAAAUUACAUCCUGCUAGGUUUAAUUAUUGAAAAAGUCACCGGAAAAUCCUAUGAAUCAAACCUUCGAGAAAUAAUUCUUGAGCCAUGUCUAAUGAACGAUACAGGAUAUGAAUGUGAUUGUGAUUUUGUAUCAAAUACAAAACACACUCAACGAGCAUGUGGUUAUACGUGUGACACGAAUACAAAUAUAUUUGAAUCAUGUCGUUUUAUCAAUAUGUCAACAGCUCGUAGUGCCGGAGGAAUUCAUUCGACUGUUGAAGAUUUAUACCGUUUAGAUCGAUAUUUAUAUGGAGAAAAAUUAAUACAAAAUCCAACAAAAAAGCUUAUGUUUAAACCGGUUCGAGAACAUUAUGCACUUGGCUGGGAAAUUCAUCGGUUAAAGCAUGGAAAAGUAAAGCAGCAACAUUUUGGUGAAAUAUUUGGUUUUAUCAGUUGUUUAAUUCGUUUUCCGAAUGACAACGCUUGCAUUAUUGUAUUAAGCAAUUUGGAAGGAACGUCAAUGCAUGAAAUUGCUGAUACUUUAAGUGAUAUCUUAUUUCAGGAAAAAUAA